AUGGUCACAAAAGUCUGCGUAAUAGAGGCCUCUGAGCAGGAGGAAGCCUCCAAUUGGAGUCUCUUCUGGUGCUGGCGCUGGAUCAACGGUUCGCCGAAGGUGGUUGACUAUGAUGGAACCAUGAUUGGUGCCAUAGAGGGGUACUCGGGCGGCAGCUCGCUAGUGUUAGCUGCUGCAUCACUGGCCACCACCCGGCUAGCUCCUGCUUCACUGGUAAAUCUAUUGCUUGUUCAAAGAGGAUACAGUUUGAUUGCGAUCAUCAGUAAAGAAACACUGCCUUUUUCGACGAAAUUUUCCUUUUUCGGUUCUGCUCCUGACAUCGUUUCUUCUGUUACUCCACCGUCCGAUUUACUUCAGCGUAUAAAUAUCUUUAACUAUACGCAAUCGGAAUCAUACUUGAUCGCAAUGCCUUGCGAGGUUAUGUCCGCUCGCUUGCGGAGGAGCUGCUGCCCCAACUCCGCCCUGGUCGACGGCGCCCGAUCGCUCGUGGUCGACGCCCCUGGCCUCUGCCACUACGUCGCCGUCGACGAUGUCUGGGUUCGCAUCCAGGACGAGGCGCGGGGCGACGCCGAGGAGGAGCCGCUGCUUCGCAAGCUCUACUGUGACCUUGUCCUCGCCCACCCCACCCUCGAGUCCGCCCUCGCCGCGCACCUCGCGGCUAAGCUCGCCGUCCCCGUCCUCGUCCCUCACGCAGCCAUCCACGACCUCCUCCUCUCCGCCUUUUCCGGCGACGCUGGCAUCCUCCGAGCAGUCCGCGCCGACCUGCGGGCAGUGAUCAUCCGCGACCCGGCCUGCGCCAAGAUGAUGGUCCAUUGCUUCCUCUACUACAAGGGCUUCCUCGCGCUGCAGACCCACCGCGUGGCGCACCGUCUCUGGGCGGAGGGCCGCCGGGGGGCGGCGCUCCUCCUGCAGAGCCGUUCCUCUGAGGUCUUCGCGGUCGACAUUCACCCGGGCGCCAGGAUCGGCGCGGGCGUGCUGCUGGACCACGCCACCGGGGUCGUCAUUGGCGAGACGGCCGUGGUGGGAAACGGUGUUUCCCUCCUGCACGCGGUCACACUGGGAGGCACCGGAAAGGAGGGGGGCGACCAGCACCCUAAGAUCAGCGACGGAGUGCUCGUCGGCGCCGGGACGCAGAUCCUGGGCAAUGUGACGGUCGCGGAAGGGGCACAGAUCGGUGCAGGGUCCGUAGUACUGAAGGCGGUGCCCCCCAGGACGACGGCGGUGGGAAACCCUGCGAGGCUCAUUGCCGGGAAGGAGAACCCUGUGCGGCGGGAGAAGAGGGCGGCGUUGACAAUGGAUCACACCUCGUGGUUCGAGCACGGUCCAGUUUGA